GUCGGUGACGCGAGUGAAAAGUCAACCACGUGUAUCGUGUGCUUUGGUGCUUUGACCUGACUUGGAACUACGGAGGAUAAAAUAAUGUCGGACAUCCACGCAGGAAUAUAUCAUCGAAUCUGAAGGAAAAGAAGCUGGAAGUAAGAGGGAUUCCCGAUUUCCCCCCAGAGCAGACAAUUUCUCGGCAGAGUGAAUGAGCAUACAACUCCAAUUCAACCGAGACACGACGAGCUUGGGGGACGAAUUUUCAGCCCCCCCCGCAGAAAGUGGAAAUACUGGCUUCAAGAUUUUGCUGCCAUCGUUUGCAACGAGUUCCGCAGUGUGUUUUCGGAAUUUGCAAAACGACGAGGGCGAAUCGAAUACAUCGUCGAAGAGCCCCGCAGGGAGGGACGUCGUCGCCGUCGUCGUCAGGGGGUUAAAGCGACGUUGGAAACGCUCUCGCUUUAAUCACCCCAGAUUGAGAUACUCCUCUUCUCUCCUGUUCUCUCCUCUCUUCUCCUCUCUUCUUCGCAUUUCUCUCUUCUUCUCUUCCCGACGAGUUUUACCCCCCGUUAGGGAUUUGGGACCCAUCGCCUUUUCCUAUUCUCCUAUAGAAUUAACCAUCUUCCAUCUCGUGUCAUACACCAUGUCACCUUUGCUCAGGUGUUUGGCCUGAUUCAUGCAA